AUGAAGGCAAAAAAUAAUCAACCGGAAAAGCGGGCACGUCUAGUGACGAGGCUCGGUUCCGAGCAAUUGAUACCAAGGAUGAUAAUUCUACUAGUAACAACAAUGGUAGCAUUGAUUAUGAGACAAACGAGCGGCUAUGGGAACUAUGGCAAUCCUUACGGAUCAUCUACCGAAACUCACCAUUCCCGUACCAAUGAUCGCCAACCUAAGAAAGAUUUGAAAAAGGAUAUAUCCUUUGAUUUGAAGAAAUUGAGAGAGUUCUUGGGACUUCCUUUCUCCGAGAAAGAAGAGAAUAAGGGAUUUGUUCAUGGUUUGAAAACUUCACCGGAGGAUCACAAAGAAGGGUGUUGUGUUAUACCUUGCGAUGGUAUUGAUAGGUUCGGAAAAGCUCGUCGGUAA